CUGAAAAACAGCUUUGGCUGCUGUAUGAAUUUGUACUAAAUAGUUUCUCGCUCAGAAAUAUUAUUGUGAUAUCGAGUUUUGCAUUUCAUGUUGCCCAUAUCACAUAUGCAGCGGCUUUUGAUUUUCACGCAUAAAGGCACUGGCAAAAUCACACUUAAGAAGAUGUGCCGUUUUCAUUAAAAUACCAUCUACGGUGUUUUUGCACUUUUUGUACCAAUAAUUUUGCACGAUGGACAGUGAUUCUCCAGGUUGGAAAGCGCGUAGCAGGCGGUUUUUGUCGCGGUUAACCCGACGCAAAGUGAUCUCGGACGAUGUAAUGUCCACGGAACUCAGCCGCAUACUCACGCCGUUAGCGGUCAUCAUGAUUGGGAUCGGUCAGAUGAGUGGUGGUGGAGCUUUUGUCGUUCUCGGGACUGCCGCGCGUUUAGCUGGUCCUGGUGUGAUGCUUUCCUUUGCUAUUGGAGGGUUGGUAGCUUUCACUACCGGAAUGUGCUAUGCCGAAUUUGCCGCCACAAUUCCGCGUGCUGGAUCAGGAUAUCUUUUCACUUAUGUCACGUUGGGAGAAUUUAUUGCAUUUGUUGUUGGCUGGCAAGUGAUUUUGGAGGAGCUGAUUUCCCUAUCGUCCAUGUCGAGCGCCAUUAGCGGAGCUAUUGAUUCUAUAGCAGAUCACGCUGUCAGCAACUACACCAUGGCCUACGUUGGGACGUUCCACAGUCCGAUGUUAGCCGCAUAUCCGGAUCUACUGGCACUCGGUAUUGGACUGGUGUCCCUGGUUGUGUUUCUGUUCGGCGUUAAUAGUUCCAUUUUCACUAGCAAUGUCUUCACCGGGCUUCAGCUGGCCGUUAUAGUGCUAUGCAUUGCUGCGGGUUUCGCCUUCGCCGACUUCAGCAACUGGACUGUCGAGGGGUUUUUACCCAACGGAUUUCGGGGAGUAAUGGAAGGAGCCGCCUCGUCUUUUUAUGCAUUUAUUGGUUUUGAAGGAGUUGCAUGUGCAGGAGAAGAGACGGCGAAUCCUCAAAAAACGAUUCCCAUGGCACUCUUUACAUCCCUCGGCAUAAUGGUCGUCCUGUAUCUGCUGCAAGCAGCCGGUAGUAACCUGACGCCUGCAUAUACACUGUACAACGAUACGGGAUUUAAUUUUCUUAGGCCAUUUCUGUUUAUGACAGCGCUUACGUUGAUGGUGCCGUUUCGGGAAAUUGACCCGGAGUCCGCGUUUCCGGAGGCAUUUGCGCAGCUGGGUCAUGGAGUCAUUGCUGGCGUUGUUGCUUUGGGGAUUGUUAUUGGAUUAAUUGGGGGCCUGAUAAAUGGACUUUAUUCGCUGACACGGGUAGUAUACUCCAUGUCUCAAGACGGACUCCUAUUCAGAAUUUUUGGAAAAAUUAAUUCUCGGACCAAAACUCCGUUAUUUGCCGAAAUGUUUUUUGGCGCACUGGCUGCAGCUUUGGCUGUGGUUUUUAAUGUGGAAAUCUUGGUAGAGUUUCUGAGCGUUGGAACACUAAUAGCCUAUACGAUUGUUUCGGCAUCUUCCAUUGUGUUACAUUAUCAACAUCGAGUUACCGUGUAUGAUGUCCAGCGCAGGAAAAGUCAUGCAAUAGAACUUCCCGACGAUUUUGAGCAGGACAUGAUGGCCGGCAAGCUAAAAGACUCCUUUCGGCGUUUUUCCAUCGCUCCACGACCGAACCGGUAUGCGGUGGAUAUCGCAGUGGUGACCUUUGCCAUAUUCGUGGGAGCCUUCUUAUCCAUGUUUUCUUACGCUUAUUCCGAGAUCCAAGAGUGUAUAUGGUGGGCAUUAUUGUUGGUUAUCCUAUUUGGACUAGGAUUUGUGGCAUCGUACGCUGUCAUCGUAGCGCAUCAUAAGCGGCGACUGCGUUUACCGUUUGAAAUGCCGUCUGUGCCGUUUGUUCCCGCCCUGUCGAUGGCGCUGAAUAUUUUGUUGCUGGUGAAUCUUUCAGGGAUGACAUGGACUCGAAUGGCCAUUUGGUUCUCAAUAGGUCUAAUUAUAUAUUUCUCUUAUGGAAUAAGACACAGCCUCCUUGAAAAACCCCAGUCAGAAACUCUCAGUCACACCCAAGAUACGGAUGCAGUCGAUCCAGAUGUUUUUCGGGAUCCAAAUAUGGGGAUCACCGAUGAGAGUGCAGUCGGCAUCAAUGAAAAGACACCGUUGCUCAGCAGAAGUGCAUCUCUGAGAUCUUCGUGACAUUUUUAUUUUUACCAUUUUUUGCAGAGUACAAGAUUUUAAAGAUAAAUUACCAUAGCGUCGUAAACUAAAUUUAUAAACUGGGAAUAAAUAUACUGGAAGCUUGCGGAGAUCAGCAAGGAGGACGAACGAAUAAACUCUAAUAUCAGCGUGUAUA